AUGCCUGGCCUCUGGCGGGGCCUGGGGGUGCUGCUCUCGCUCCAGCUGGCCCUGCUGGGCCUGGCCUCCGACCCCUGCUACGAUGCCGCCCGGCGGCCCCGCUACUGCCUCCCGGAGCCAGCCGACCUGGCCGCCGGGCGCCCCGUCCAGGCCUCCGCCACCUGCGGCCACCCCCCGCAGCGCCUGUGCGCCUUCCGCCACCCGGGCGAUGCCUCGUCCCGCCGGUGCCGCCUCUGCGAUGGGGCCGACCCCGCCGCCGCCCACCCCGCCGCCUACCUGACAGACGCGGGCGGUGAGGCCACCUGCUGGCAGUCGGGGCCGGUGGCCAACGCCAGCCUGACCCUGGCCCUGGGAGGCCGCUUCGAGCUGCUCUACGUGGCCCUCCGCUUCUGCUCCCCCCGCCCCCACUCCCUGGCCCUCUACAAAUCCACGGACCACGGCCACUCCUGGACACCUUUCCAGUUCUUCUCCGCCCGCUGCCCACAGGCCUACGGGCUGCCCCCGGCCUCCGCCGUCAGCAGGGCCUCGGAACAUGAAGCCAUCUGCACCGCCGCCCAGACGGACCCCACGCCACUGGUGGGGGGGCUGGUGGCUUUCAUGCCCCUGGCCGGCCGCCCCUUGGCCCGGGCCUUCGAGUACAGCCCCGUGCUCCAGGACUGGGUGACGGCCACCGACCUGCGGGUGGCCUUGGAUCGCAGGCACCGAGGGCUGGGGCUGCGGGGCCGGGAAGCCUCCUACGGGGUGUCGGAGCUGCAGGUCGGGGGCCGGUGCCGGUGCAAUGGACACGCUGCCCAAUGCGGGGCCGCCGGGCCCGGCGGCACCCCCCAGUGCCAGUGCCGCCACAACACGGCCGGCCCCGAGUGCGAGACCUGCAGGGCCUUCUACUGCGACCGGCCCUGGCAGCGCGCCACGCCCAGCGAUGCCCACGAGUGCGUGGCCUGCGAAUGCAACCGCCACUCGCACCGGUGCCGCUUUAACAUGGAGCUGUACAAGCUGUCGGGGCGCAAGAGCGGGGGCGUCUGCCUGAACUGCCGGCACCACACAGCUGGGCGGCACUGCCACUACUGCCAGCCGGGUUUCAAACGUGACCUGGCCCGGCCCAUCACUAGCCGCAGGGCCUGCAAGGCCUGCCAGUGCCACCCCAUCGGCGCUGUCAGCACCAUGUGCAACCAGACCACGGGGCAGUGCCAGUGUAAGAUGGGCGUGACCGGGCUCACCUGCAACCGUUGCGCCCAGGGCUUUCAACAGAGCCGCACGGCCCACAUCCCCUGCAUCCGCGUUCAAGAGGUGAUGACCACCACGGCUGCCUACGCCCUGGAGUGGAACACAGGCACCGAAUGCCAGACUCACUGCAGCCCCUCCCACGGCCGCGUCCACAUGAACCUGCGAAAAUACUGCAAGAAGGAUUACGUGCUGCAUGCCCAGCUGCUGGCCAUGGUGGAGUCGGGCGAGUGGUGGCACUUCACGACCUCAGUGCUGGCGGUCUAUCGGCAGCGCCAGGUGCCCAUCCGUCGGGGCGAGCAACCGCUCUGGGUGCCCCGGCAGGACCUGGCCUGCGGCUGCCUGCGCCUCCAGAUUGGCAAGGCCUACCUGGUGAUCGGGAACGACGCGGAGUCGCCCGACCCGGCGCGCCUGGUGCUGGACAGGAACAGCCUGGCGCUGCCCUGGCGCGAUGUCUGGGCCCACAAGCUCCGUCGCUUCCAGCAGCAGAACCGACGGGGCAACUGCCGGAGCCCCUGA